CGAAACCGAGACAUUCCUCAAUCAGAAGCCGGUCAAAAUGCAUAUGAACAUUCGCCAGUAUUUCCGCUGGGAAAUACUGAUUUGCCGAAUAUGCGGCGGUUGGAUCCACGUGGAAAGCUCGAAAUUCGACUACUUAUACUACUUAUACUGGGCAGUGAUUAACAUAUCAACGGUAAUAUACAUCCUGCAAAAAAUCAAAUACGUCACCGAUUUCGCCGGCGAUACAUACGGAAUCGUCGGGGCCUUCUUCAUUCUGCCCAUAUCCAUGACGGCCAACGUGCGAAGCUACUCGUUCUUCAAGUACAGGAAGGAAUUCAACGAGCUGUUCACCUCUUUGGACGAAGACAUAUUCCAGCCGCAGGACGCCAACGAACUGGCCAUCAUGAGCAAAAUGUUGAAGUUCUUCUCGUUCUACCAGCACGUCCUGUACGUCUGGUCCGGAGUGACGAUGACUGGCUGCCAGAUGGGCAAAUUGGUUUUCGGCGUUAGCGACCAGCCGGACGAUGGGCAAGAACAUUGCGAAGCAGCAAUGUCCACGAAGCACGGUUUGUUCGUUUAUCUGUAUCAAACGAUGUGCGUUACCAUGCUGUUGGUAUUUAAUUUAAUAUCGGAUCUGUUUAUGGUCGGAUUUUGCCUGUUUCUGGGCGCCCAGUGCGAUAGGUUGUCUUACAUGCUGGAGAAUCUCAAAGAAAGAGACGUGGUGGAUAUCAAAGCGCUGGCGGAAUACUACAAGAGAAUUUUAAGAUUCGCUUCGAACGUGGAAAAAUUGUUCGGUACGAUUUAUUUUACGUUUUUCUUCGCUUGCUUGGCUGCUUAUGGUACUACGUUGUUUAUGUUUUCUAUUACUGAGCCACUUUCCUUUAGGUAUUUCCACAUGAUCGAAUAUAUUUGUGCGAUAUUCGGUAUGCUAUUUACACCCUGUUGGUUUGGAACGACUGUUAGAAAGAAGAGCGAGAAACUUCAAACAGCGGCUUAUUCGGCCAAUUGGGUGGAUUCGGGAAAGAAUUUCAAAAAUGAUCUACUCAUUUUUAUGAGCAUGGUGCAAUCGCCUAUUCAAUUUCGAGCUUGGAAUUUGAUUCCUUUGAAUUUAGAAUCUUACAUGGGCGUCGUGAAAACAUCGUUUUCUUAUUAUACUGUACUCGAUAAUAUGAUAAUGAAAAAAGAA